UGGAAUUGACAUUUGAGCACAUGCACACAUUAUUUUUUGUUUAUAAAAAAUACACAUUUUUUUCUAAAAUAAAUAAAAAAGACUAAAGGGGUAUGAAGACUACAUCAGAAAAAGAACUGUUGAAAUGGCUAAACAGAGAAAAUCACACAGUAUUAGAAAACUUAAACUUUGGGAUUAAAGCUAUCAGAUCAGUUGAUUUUGUCCUCUCAUCUAAAUACAAUACGGUUCUCGAAUGGAUUUCAUCUAAAAGCAGUGAAAUAUUGACGGAAAGUGUUAGUGAAAAAGAAGAAUUUGGAACUUUAACAAAACUUUUGGAACUGAAAUAUCCAAUUAGUUUAAUAACCCAUGCAGCCUGUUCACAAUUUUUAGAUAAGGUUCUCUGUUUUGCUCAAAAUCCAAAAAAAAAAUUUAAAACAAGGAAAUUCGUGGAAAUUUUGUUUUCGAUAUCUAAACAUGAAAUCUUUCAAAAUAUUGAUGAAAACAGAUAUGAAAAAUUUUGUUUAUUGCAGAAGUGUAUUUUACAUCGUUAUGAGCAAUAUUUAAUAAUAAACAAGGAAAAUUUCGCCUUUCUUCAUGAAAGAGAGUUUUUUAAUAAAAUCAUUCUAAACAUCAAAGAAUAUAUUAAAGGAAUUCCUCAAGGCAGUAUUGACAAAUUUGGUGCGCAAUUCAUGACAGUUACUUUAAAAAAAUUAAUAGAACUCAUGAUAUCAGUAAAAGAAAAAUUACCAUGUUUUGACGAUAUAGUGGAAAUCGAAAAAGUAUUGUUUACUAAAUAUGAAAAACGCAUCCUUAAAUUUAGCUCACAUCUUCCUAUUCACGCUCAUUUUGUAAAUAUGGAAUGCGCCUUGAUCAACUUUAGAGGCCAUAAUAUAUUUUAUAAAAAAUUUAUAAAAAGUAGUUUUGACUUUGCCCAAAGGUUUACUAAUUCAAAGCUUAAAUUACAGAUCAUAAUUGUUGUUUUAAAACUUUUAAGAAAACACGAAGUUAAUUUAAAAUUUGAAAUGCCUCCAGAAGGACCCGUAAAAUACAUGGAAAACCAAAUUCAAAAUAUUGUUAAAGUUUAUGUGAAUCAAAACAUCAAAGAAGUGAUGUGGCUAUUAACCUGCACUAUAGAAUUAAACCCCCUAAUAUUGGAAUAUUCGAUUUUCGAAUUAGCAGCAAAAAUAAUUACAAGUCCAAAGACAAAUCUGCAAGAACAACAAAUGUAUGAUUAUUUUAUGAAAAUUUUAUUUGAAAUGUUCAGAAAAUUAAAUCGCCCAGAAAAGUAUGUUGCAAAUUUAUUGAAAGCGUUGGAAGAACAUUUAAAACAAAAUCAUAUUUUAAAACAAAAACGGAAAAAUCUGGAAUCGGAGGAGUCUCCGCGCAAAAAACCUAAAUUAAAUUUAAGUGAUUUUGCAAGUGAUGACGAAUUUUAUUUUAAUAUUAUCAUUAAAAGUUUAGAAGUAACUUAUCAAAACUCAACUGAGAUAUAUAUGAAUCAUCAUGAAAGUUUUAAAGAAAUCGCUUUUGCUUGGAAUACAAUAACUGGAAGGGAAUUUGCAAAGUUUAUAUCUUCUUUGGUAUCGAAGCCUUCUCUGAUAAUUUGGAAAACAGCUUUAUAUAAUUUAGAAAAUGUUAUUAAGAAUAUAAGUGACCAUUGUUUUAAAUCAGAACCAAAUGAAACAAUUUUAUUCAGUUUGGAUUUCUCUUCAGCUUUAUUGUCGCAAUAUUUUACUGGAUCUAAAAUAAUAGAACAUUACGAUAUAUAUUCAUUUGAAAUUGAAAACAACAUAAAAUUAACCAAAAAAAUUUUGAAAAAUUUUGGAAACUUCUUAUUAAAUAUUGAGCAUAAUAACCGGAUUGUAAAUUCGUUUUUACAAAUUGUAAAAACAUUUGGAAUGUUUUUUUUUAUUACCUAUUAUUAUCCAAGCCAAAAUGAAAAUAAGGAAAUAAAUUUAACAAAAACUGGAUAUGACUUUUUAUCAAAUGACGAAUGGAUACUAAUUGAACAACGAAUAGCUAAUUUUGGCGAUAGUAAUGCUAAACACAAUAGCAACAUUUUGCUUUUACAAAAACUAAAAGGGAAAAUCCUAUUGCAAAAUAACAUUACUUCAAAAUUUAAUAUAAAGAGCAUCUUACCUUCAAAUUUUCAAGAUCCAAAUCAAAUAAUAAAAUUGUUCAUCGACGAAAAUAAUAUAUGGAUGACGCGGUAUAUGUCUGAAAGUGAAAAGAAUUUAAUAUGUAAUAUAAUAUUCCAAGAUGAUUUUGAAAAUGACGUUAUUUAUGAAUUUUCAAAAAUAUUAAUGCAAAAUUAUGAUUGCUUUAAGAUAAUCAUUACAACGUGUUAUGAAAAACUUGGCAAAAUAAUUGAAUCAAAAAAAUCUGUACUUCAUAGCAUUGAUUUUAAUAAAUAUAAAUCAUUGCCACUAGCUGAUAAAGUUAAAUUAAUAUGCCAAAAAAUACAAAAUAAUCAAAAAGGAACAAUUAAAAAUGUAGAAAUUUCUAAAAUUCAAAGAAAUUUAAACAUUUUAAAUUUAUUUAAUGUAGCUUCAUGCAAGGAAGAUUUUAAAACGGAGAUUUUUAUUUUACAUUUUGCUUUGUAUCGAGACCUUUUAAACAUAUCUAACAACCAACUAAUUGAAAAUGCUUAUAACAUAUUAGAACGUUUAUUGCACUUCAAACCUUUCAUUAAGAUUUGCGAUUUAAUUCCAUUUGAAAAUUUCAUGGAAGUUUUACCUACGUCAGCGUCAACCAAAUUUUACGAUUUAUUAUUUCAAAAUUUAAGAGAAAAUAAAAUAGAAGACAUACAAAAAUAUUUAUCGAACGUUCCAACCUAUUUGAAGGAAAAAGAAAAUUCUCCAAAUAAUCAAAACGAAUUGCUUUUCAAUUUAAUUAAGAUUAUAUCAAAAAUUGAUAAUAAAAAAUUUAAGAUUAUUCUAAAAGAACUUUUGAGGGAGUUUGAAAAUGUUUUCUUCAGUAGCGCAAAAGAGUUUGAAUCUUUCAAUAAUGAAGAAAAUAAUUUUAUUGACAAAACUUUUGAGAUAUAUCCAAUUUAUUUGAAUUACGCUAUAUUGCGAAAUAAAAACAACGAAUUUGAAAUCACUGAUGACUUUCGCAAAUUUUGUAAAAUCUAUCUUGGUUAUUCGGUCAAAUAUUCAAAUGAAUAUUCCGUGCGUCUUACAACAAUAGCUUUGAACAAUCGUGAACUGUUACAUUUCGACCCUGAUGAAGUGCAAUUGAUUUUGCAGAAGUACUGGCAGCACAUUAAACUCGAGCUGAGAACUAACGAAUUGAACCAUUGCAAUUUGGAAGAAAAUAUUUAUAAAGAAAAACAUUACAGUGAAAUUAUAAAAUUAAUUGUUGAUAACAGCAGCAAAAGUGACUUUAGAAAUUUCUUGUACGAAAUAGAAAAUGAAACUACUAAAGAUAAUACUGGUUAUAUUUGUCGAAUUAUUCAGCAACUUUCAAAGCUACAAUUAGAUAAAAUAAAAUGUGCUAUUUUGAACGAAUACUUUAAAAAAAUUAGCCUAGAAAUAAUUUUAAAAUUAGAAAAAGAUUUGAAUGACCAAUUCUUGAAUUACAAUGUUGUAAUAAUGCUAUUAAACACAAUGUCAUCAUUAAGUACAAAUCGAGAAAUACUUUUGUCAUUAGAUCACAUAGAUAAUAUUUUAUCAUUUCUAAUUGAUAUAAAUAUUAAGAAAUUUGUGUUAACUGACAAUAAUGAAAAUUUAUUUAAAGAGUUACAUAAUGAAAUGACAAAUCUUUGUAUUAUAUUAAUCAAAUCAAGGCACGAAAUAAUUACAGAUCGUAUGCCUCAAUUUAUAAUUAUAUAUCAAGAUUUAUUGCAAUCUUUAUGUUGGUAUAAAUCUGAUCGACAUAAAGAUAUAUUACUAAAUAAGGAAGAUAUUCAAAGUUUAUCAGAAAUGGGAGCGAAACUGCAAAACAUAAUGCAUUUACUCGCAAAGCAUGAAUUAAAUUUGAAACGCUUAGCCCCGUAUAUAUUAACAUUUAUAAUUGGUUUAAUGGUAACGGACAAGAGGACAACUACGCUAUAUACUGAAAUUAAAACUCAUAUAGAAAGUAUUUGUUAUAUAUUAAUCAAAAUUUGUGAUCAUCGUGUUGGACCCUUCAUAUUACGUUGCACUAAUGACGCUACUAGACAUGUUUAUGAAAACUUGGUAAAAGAUUUCGAAAAAUAUCACAAGUUCAAAGGAAAAGUAUAAUUAAUAACGUACUACACAAAUAUUAGAGUUAGUUUUUACACAAAAAUUUUUUAAUAAAAAUAAAGUUUUAAUUUUCAA